AUAUAGCGGCGCCCGGCUGCUGCUUUAUGAGACCAUCAUUUCCCCGUGGGUGAGCAGCUCCAGCACUCUUUGCAGGAUGAGUAGUAAGAUCACUUUUUAUGAGGACAGAAACUUCCAGGGCCGCUCCCAUGAGUGCGACGCCGACUGUCCCGACAUGCACCCCCACUUCAGCCGCUGCAACUCCAUCAAGGUGGAGAGCGGCUGCUGGGUGCUGUACGAGAAGCCCAACUACAGCGGCUACCAGUACGUGCUGACCAGGGGGGAGUACCCGGACUACCAGCGCUGGAUGGGCUACAAUGACACCAUCCGCUCCUGCCGGACCUUCUCCUACACCGGCGAGGGGCCCUACCGCCUGCGCAUCUACGAGCGCCCCAACUUCCAGGGCCAGAUGAUGGAGUUCAGCGACGACUGCGAUUCGGUGCAGGAACACUUCCGCAGCCGCGACGUCUACUCCUGCAACGUGGUGGAGGGCUACUGGACCCUCCACGAGCACCCCAACUACCGCGGCCGGCAGUACUUCAUGCGGCCCGGCGAGUACCGCAAGUUCAGCGACUGGGGGGCCACCUGCGCCACCACCGGGUCCUUCCGCAGGGUCACCGAGUUUUAAUCGGGCAUCUCAGUCUCUGCCGUCGAUCCCGUUCACAUUUUAAUUCCAUCUAAAAAGAAAAGGAGCUGUUUCCUCCUCUACGAUGAAGAGGUCGAUCCGGCGUGUCGACGGGGUUUGUCGUGAUUGAAAAAAUAAAAUAAAAUAAAGAUAUGAAUCUA